AGGGGGCGGAGCCCUUAUCCAGGCGCGCGCCGCCGUCGUGGGGGGCUGGGUCGGGGCGCGUGGCCGCGGCGAGAAGAGCCCAAGCCUGGUGAGCGGCGGUUCCCCGGCGUCGGAAGGGCCGCUGGAUGCCCUCUUUCCCUUUUCCCUUUCCUUCCCCAUUCUGCUCUGGGUGACUUUUCUGGUUUAAUCAGUUUGGUCACAGUUGGGAAGAAGCUGAGAAAUAAUUCCUUACAUCAGGGGACUGAAGUUGAGGCUCAGCUUCUAUUUUUUUUAUUCACCACUGACUUUGGAAUUGACCUUAGGGUGUAAGCCCAUUUUGCAGGUUGGCCUGGACAGAAGAAUACAAAGAGAAUGCUUCAUAUUAGACGGUGUCAGCAUUUGAAACUAAUAACCAAGACAUUUGUUUCUUUUAUACAUUUUAAAGCAAACAGACACUUAAAGUUGAUUCUUCCAAAGACCUUUGCAUUUAGAGAAUUAAGGAAGUCAUGGUUCUCGAGUCAUUCUCUUCUUGGAGACAAAAAUAUUAUACUGAUGGGACCUCCUGGUUCUGGGAAAACAACAGUGGGCAAAAUAAUAGGUCAAAAACUAGGUUGUGGUGUUAUGGAUGUGGAUAAUGAUAUCCUUGAAACAACAUGGAAUAUGACUGUGGCUGAAAAAUUGAAGGAUGUUGGUAAUGCGCAAUUUUUAGAAGAGGAAGGAAAAGUGCUGUUAAACUUUUCUGCAUCUGGAAUUGUAAUUUCCCUCUCUGGGUCAAAUCCAAUGCAUGAUGCUACCAUGCAGCAUCUGAAGAAAAAUGGAAUAGUUGUAUAUCUGGAUGUACCUGUAACAGAUAUAAUAGAUCGUCUGAAUUUAAUGAAGAUAGAUCGAAUUGUGGGCCAGAACUCUGGAAUGCCUCUAAAAGAAAUACUUCAAUAUAGGAGACAGUUCUAUAAAAAGUGGUAUGACGUUCGUAUAUUUUGUGAAGAUGGAGCAUCUGCAGAGGUAAUAGCUGAUAAAGUCUUUGAUGCAGUUAAGAGGUAUCAAGAUGUAGACUCAGAAACAUUUGUUUCAACCAGAUAUAAGUCCAAACACCCUGGAGAAAGAAUUUCCACAAAACACUUUAGUGAUGCUGUUCUUGAGGGAUUAGCUUCUGACGGUGGGCUCUUUGUUCCUCAGAAGGAAUUUCCAAAAUUAAGCUGUUCAGAAUGGAAAAGCUUAGUAGGAGCAACUUACGUAGAAAGAGCACAAGUAAUAUUGGAGAAAUGUAUACAUCCUGUUGACAUACCUGCUUCCAGAUUGGGAGAAAUGAUUGAAACUGCUUAUGGAGAAAACUUUGCCUGCUCCAAAAUUGCCCCUGUAAGGCACCUUUCAGGCAAUCAGUUCAUUUUGGAAUUAUUUCAUGGACCAACAGGAUCAUUUAAAGAUUUAUCAUUACAACUAAUGCCACAUAUAUUUGCACACUGUAUUCCUCGAACUUGUAAUUAUUUGAUCCUUGUAGCUACUUCUGGAGACACAGGGAGUGCUGUAUUGAAUGGUUUUAGUCGUCUUACUAGCAGUGAUAAGCAAAGAAUAGCUGCAGUCACAUUCUUUCCUGAAGAUGGAGUAAGUGAUUUUCAGAAAGAACAAAUGAUUGGAAGUCAGAGAGAAAAUGGGUGGGCAGUAGGUGUCAAGUCAGAUUUUGAUUUUUGCCAGACAGCUAUAAAAAAAAUGUUCAAUGAUUCUGAUUUUACUGGAUUUCUUACAAUAGAAUACGGAACAACCUUGAGUUCAGCUAAUUCUAUAAACUGGGGCCGACUGCUUCCUCAGGUAAUUUAUCACGCCUCUGCAUAUCUUGAUCUUGUUAAUCAAGGAUUUAUUUCUUUUGGAAACCCAGUGGAUGUCUGUAUUCCCACAGGAAACUUUGGAAACAUAUUAGCAGCAGUAUAUGCCAAAAUGAUGGGAAUCCCUAUUCGAAAAUUUAUUUGUGCUUCUAAUCAAAACCAUGUUUUGACUGAUUUUAUAAAAACAGGACACUAUGAUCUGAGGAAAAGGAAACUGGUACAGACUUUUUCUCCAUCGAUAGAUAUUCUGAGAUCUUCCAACUUGGAACGACACUUACACUUUGUGACUGAUAGAGAUGGAAAAUUGAUGGCAAAGUUAUUUCAACAGUUAGAAAAUCAACAGCACUUUCAGUUAGAAAAGAUCAUAGUUGAAAAGCUUCAGCAGGAUUUUGUAGCUGAUUGGUGUUCUGAAGAGAACUGCCUGGCUGCUAUUAAUUCUACAUAUCAUACGUUAGGGUACAUCUUAGACCCUCACACUGCUGUUGCUAAAGUAGUUGCAGAUAGAAUACAAGAUAAAACUUGCCCAGUGAUCUUGGCUUCCACAGCUCAUUAUUCUAAGUUUGCUCCUGCUAUCAUGCAGGCUUUAAAGAUUAAAGAAUUAAGCCAGACUUCAUCAAGUCAGCUUUGUUUGCUGAGUUCAUACAAUGCUUUGCCUCCGCCACAUGAAGCCUUGUUAGAGAGAAUAAAACAACGAGAGGCAAAAUAUCAUGUCUGUGCCCCUGAUGUGAACAUCCUGAAGGAUCAUGUAGAAACACUUAUACGAAAUCACUUCAUGAAAGUUUUCUAAGCAAAAAUAUUGAGUAUUUGUCAUUAUACCUAAUAAAUGUGUGGUUCAGAAGUUUUAUUAUGUAUGGAAUUGCCAUGUUUUCUGUUUUCAGUAACUUGCAUAUUUUCUAGAAUCAAAUAUUAUGUCUGCAAAUACUCUUCAGCAUCUUAAGUAGACAGCUGACUGGAAACAAUACAUAAAUGCAUAGACUUUCAGGCUAUGGUUAUGGUGGUAGUCAUAAAUCAAAGCCAUGCUUAUGGAAGAUGAUUCUUUGCCCCUGUUAACUGAUCUAAAAUUUCUGGUUUCCAUUAGUGAUUUGGCAACUGGAACAUUCAAGUGCUGCUGUUGGGUACCACAUCUGUUAACAUUUAUUGGUAUUCUAGUGACUAGAAAGUUAAUGUACCUCAAAGAAUGCCUAACUUGACCCCAGGGAAUGAUGAACUCAUCCAACAGGAUUAGGCCAAUAUUUUUUGUCUUGAAGGAAUCAUACUUGGCUAGAAUUACCUGAAUUAUCAUUCUAAUUAGACAGUUGCUUAGUUCUCCAACUUGCUUUAAUAGUGUAGAUCCAUUGGGAUUUUUUGGGAUAAUAGGCCUUGAAAGCCAAGUCUAUUGUAGGCAUUAUUUCUUUUGUUGUAAUUUAGUGUUAUUAAAUGGUAAGCAUUACAAAAUUACAUUUGUUAACAGUGGAUAAGUAAAUGAAAUUUAUCACUUUAAUAUAGGAGAGUGUUUUUCAGAAUUAAUGAUAUUUGGAUAUAGCAGUAUAAUUUUUACCAUUUCAGAAAAUAGCUCUGUAAUGUUUGAAACCAGAAACUUUGUACAUCCCAAUAAACUUGUUGAAAGUUUC